AUUACCAUCAUGAGAUAUAUAAGAUCUCUGACUACAGCAAUGAUGUUAAUGGGGAGACCAAAGAAACACAACCAGUUUUUUUAGGAGAUGAAAGCCGGGAAAUUAAAAAACAAAUUACAGGGAUGAGAAGAUUACUGAAUGACAGCACUGGAAGAAUCUAUCAGCGAGUUGGCAAAGAAGGAGAAAAACUGAAGGAGGAGCCCCAAGAUUUAGACUUAGCCUGGGCCCAGCGCCUGAAUCCCCCUGCAGAGUCCCAGGCGAGCCUUCAUCCUUCACAGAGCGGUGCAUGGAAUGAAUUACCACCCCAAGCUGGCCAUUUUUCAGGGCAAUACGGAACUCGAUCCAAAACGUUCCACAAUCAAACGCGAACCGUGGCAUCCAAUGGAGAAAUCCCAAUGGUGAAUUCGUCGGUUGGACCAAACUGCUGUACCUGUAAUUGCCAGUCAACCCUACAGGCUAUUCUUCAAGAGCUCAAGACCAUGCGAAAAUUGAUGCAGAUUCAGACAGUUGGGACUCAAAACAGACAGCAGCCUCCCGUUCCUCUGAUUUGCGCGCAAAAGUCAACAAUAUCAAGAAAGAGAAAUAAAAAGAAAAAACUGCCCCUCAAAACUGUUGAACCAGUUACCAUGAGUAAGAAACCCAACGCUGCAGAGAAUGAAAAGAAGCUAUCGGCAAACUCAGAACGAUCAAGCCUGCAAGCAGCGGAACAUCCGCUAAAAACAGAAACCCCUGUUUCGGGGUUUGGAAUUAUCCUUGAAUCGGCUUCAUCAGAUCCAGAAGUACAACUUGCAGAAGGCUUUGACGUCUUCAUGCCGAAGUCUCAGCUGGACUCUAUAUUGUCGAACUAUACUCGCUCAGGAAGUCUGCUCUUUAGGAAGCUGGUCUGUGCAUUUUUUGAUGACAAGACUUUGGCUAACUCUUUACCAAACGGCAAGAGGAAAAGAGGGCUCAAUGACAACCGGAAAGGACUAGACCAAAAUAUUGUGGGUGCAAUAAAAGUCUUUACAGAAAAAUACUGCACUGCUAACCACGUGGAUAAACUUCCCGGUCCUAGGGACUGGGUCCAGAUUCUUCAGGAUCAAAUUAAACUGGCAAGAAGACGAUUAAAAAGAGGCUCAGCAGAGGCAACUGACUGUGAUGAGAAGCCGGACAUUUCUCUGCUACAAACAGGUAACCUUUUCAACACCCCAACAGAUCACCUGAUAGAUGCAAACCCAGAUUUUUCAGCUUGAGUUUCACAUCCUGCGUCAGUGUUCCUAGCGGGAUAGCAACAUCCUCUCCUCUGAAUAACGUUCCCACAGGAUCAGCACGGGAGCUUCAGCGGACCGCGCGACGUGGACAUCCACACCGUUUGCCCUUCGACUUUGUGUUGUUCCAUGUAUUUUCCAUGUAACCUCAAAUAACAAAACCACCAGUUUGCUUCACUGUUCUUCAUCUUAAUUAAAGAUGAUUUCCCUCCGUAGCCAACGCAUUAUUUAAUUAGCGGGAUAUCCACUCUGAAGACAUUCUCUUGCCUUUGUUUUUCCUCCACGAUUGUGUUUUUCCACGUGACUGUGUGCUUGCCAGCCGUGUUUCAGCUUCAGCCACACUGAGGUGG